AUGAAACGCAUAGUGAUAGUGUGCAUCUUCAGUUUAAUAUCGCAUUCGUUAGCGGCGGGUCCCAUAGGCACCUUCCUGCAAAUGAAUGCUAUAGGCUUCCCUGUUAUACAUCAGCUACAAAAAUGGGUAUUCGAUCCAGAUGUAGCUCUGAGAAGACGAAGACAAUUCAUUGACCUGCAUGGUGAUAAAGGAUCAAAACUUAUAGAGAGACUCGGCUUAGGAAUUGAUGGUUAUGCGGACGAAAGGCUCAUUAUGCAAAGAGAAAGAGAUGUAGGACAUUUGGGAGGACUUAACUCUUUAAGGCCGUAG